GGUAGUGACGUAAUCAAGAGGCGACUUGUGUUUAGCAAACGAAAAAGAAGAGGGAACGACCAGUAGGAUAUAUCUUUCAUGUUACUUUGAAACAAAAUGAACAGUCGCCUGCAGGAAAUAAGAGAAAGACAGAAGCUCCGACGACAGCUUUUAGCUCAGCAGCUGGGAGCUGAAAGCGCUGACAGCAUCGGUGCUGUGUUGAACAGCAAAGAUGAACAGAAGGAAAUCGAGGAGACCAGAGAGACAUGCAGGGCCUCGUUCGACACGUCCGGCCCAGGCGCUAAACGCAAGUGUCAAGCUGAGGGCGAGGACCCAGAGGAAGAUGAGGAGGAUCAGAAGGAUGAGGUUGAGCAGCAGCAGGCUGAUGACAGUGGCCCAUAUGAAGAAGUCUACAAAGAUUCCAGCACCUUCUUAAAGGGGACUCAGAGUUUGAAUCCACACAAUGACUACUGCCAGCACUUUGUUGACACUGGGCACAGGCCGCAGAACUUCAUUCGUGACGUAGGUCUGGCAGACAGAUUUGAGGAGUAUCCUAAACUCAGAGAGCUGAUCAGGUUGAAGGAUGAAUUGAUUUCAACGACAAAUACUCCUCCCAUGUAUCUACAGGCAGACCCAGAGAGUUUUGACCUGAGGGACCUGAACUGUAAGUUUGAUGUCAUCCUCCUGGAGCCUCCAUUGGAGGAGUACUACAGGGAGUCUGGGAUUAUCGCCAACGAGAAGUUCUGGACCUGGGACGACAUAAUGAAGCUGGAGAUAGAGGAGAUUUCAGCGCUGAGGUCCUUUGUGUUUCUGUGGUGUGGAUCCGGAGAGGGGCUGGACCUCGGCAGGAUGUGCCUGAGGAAAUGGGGCUUCCGGAGGUGCGAGGACAUCUGCUGGAUCAAAACCAACAAGAACAACCCCGGCAAGACCAAGACGCUCGACCCCAAGGCCGUCUUCCAGCGCACCAAGGAGCACUGCCUGAUGGGAAUCAAAGGCACGGUGAGGCGCAGCACGGACGGGGACUUCAUCCACGCGAACGUGGACAUCGACCUGAUCAUCACAGACGAGCCGGAGAUCGGGAACAUCGAGAAGCCUGUGGAGAUCUUCCACAUCAUCGAGCACUUCUGCCUGGGUCGCCGGAGACUGCACCUGUUCGGCCGGGACAGCACCAUCCGGCCCGGCUGGCUGACGGUGGGCCCCACUCUGACCAACAGUAACUUUAACGCCGAGGCCUACAUCUCCCACUUCAACGUGCCAAACUCCCACCUGUCAGGCUGCACGGAGGAGAUAGAGCGUCUGCGGCCCAAAUCCCCGCCCCCCAAGACCAAGACCGACCGGGGAGGCGGGGCCCCUAGGGGCGGGCGGGGCGGGCCCUCGGCCCGGGGCGGGGACCGGGGCCGCGAACGCAACCGGCCCAGUUUCCGCGGCGACCGGGGCGGGUUCAGGGGUCGCGGCGGCCCCCACAGGGGCUUCCCCCCGCGCUAGGGAAGGUUCCGGAAAAUUUAAUUCUGACGAUGUCCUGCAGGGGGCGGUCCAGAGGAGAGACAGGAAUGAACACUGGAGUCUUCGCUGGGGUUUUUAGCUCAACUGCCUGACUCUGGAGCGACCGUACCUUUUCUGAUGGGUUGUGGAAUUGGAAACUAUUUGGGAAUCCUGAAAUAGUUUUUUUUUUCUUUUUCUUGUUUUUUUAUAGUUUUUUUAUUUGCACGACUGAAAUUGUAUUUUUUAUCAUGUUAUCUCAUGAACAUGUGUCUGUGACCACUGAACAUUGAGUGAAGAAAAAAAGAGAAAAAGAACCUUGAUUAAAAAGCUGAACAAAUUUCUCAGAGAA